AUGCAAUUUCGAUUUUUGGGAUGGCAGGACUGCCCGGAUUGGCUUCUCGCUCAGAUAAGCGAAUUUUCUAGUCUGUCAUCUGUCAAGUUCAAAGGAUUAUGCCAGUUGUCUGUAGAUUUUCUUCUUAACAAGAAUGUCGCUGACGGUGAUUUCGGCACGAUUCGUAUCUGA